GCCCAGCGCUCGCCAAGACCACAGGGCCGCGCCUCAACGCCCCGCCCUCCGCCCGCCUCUCUCGGCACGGCCCUCACACCCAGCACCCCCGCGCCCCGCCCUCACGCCCACGCCUACGCCCGCACGCCCCCCCAGCUCACGCGCAGGGGAGCAGGGCGGCAGCAUCACCAGGGCGGCAGCGGUGGCGGCGCCCUGACGAGGAGGUGGUGGUGUGAGUGCGUGCGUGCGUGCGUGUGAGUGUGUGUGUUAAGGGCAUAGAGGGAGAUAAAAAAAAAAAAGAAUCUAUUGCGUGGAAGGAGGUGAAGGUGGUGGUGGUGGUGGUUGUGCCCAUAGCGAGGCUGUAGUGUUGGCCUGCCCCCCUCCCCCCUCCAGCCCCCCACGCACCUCCGAAGGGCAUACGAAGGGGGAACGUUGCCCCCCUAAACCUCCCACCCCUUCAGAGGCCGGCCCCCUCCUCCUGCCCCCUUCCCCCGCUGCGUCCUGCUCGUCGCCACCUUCGUCCGUUCACCUUGGAGAGAAUCAAGAUGUGGCGGCGGUGAGCGCGGCGGCGGCGGCGGCGGUGACGAUGGCCGCGUCCUUCCCCCGCCCAUCCCCGGCCGGCGGCGGGGCGGCCAGCUAAGGCGCGGCGCCCCCAGCCCUGCUUGGAGUAGUGGUGGAGGUGGUGAUGGUGUUGGGGCGGCGGCGGCGGGCGACGGUCGGGGCGGCUGGCGGCGACUCUGCGUGGUGGAGGAGGUGGUAGGGGCAGGCGGCGAUGGCGUCCCCCACACACACGGGCCCCCCUCCCCCCACACCCGCCCAGUGAAGCAGUGACGCGCCCCAGGGGAGACACCCCCCCCUCACGCCCACGGUCAAGGGUCCUCCACGCCCCAGACAUGCUCCCACCCACCCCGGGGGCCCCCACGCUAAGACUAAGCUCCCCUCCCACCCCACCCCUCACGCUCGCCCCCCCCGACGCGCCGCACCACCCCAGAUAACCCCAGUGGCUCAUGUGCCGGCGUGUCCCCGCCAGGUAGGGGCCAUGUGAUAGCCUCUCUCUCCCUCCUCUCUUCUCUUUUCUCUUCCCUCUCUCCCUUUCCUUCCUUUCCUUCCUCUGUCCCUCCCCGCUCCUCCUCCUCCUCCUAUUCUCUCUCCCGCUGUAUCUCCCGCCCCGGCUCGCGCGCGCCCCCGCACCCCCGCGCGUCAUGGUGGGCGGCGCCGUGAUCGGAGACGACGCCCCAGCGGAUGAGGUGCAACUGGGCUCCAUCCCGCUGCUGGAGACGCCCCCGGGGGAACAGUCCGCCCCGUCCCCGCGCCUGCUGGGCUAUGGGUCUUACGGGGGCGGCGGGGCGGCGGCGUACGGGGGCUUCGGCACGGGCUCUCCGUACGGCGGGGACGAGAUGAUGAUGAUGGCGGGCGGCGCUCAUUUGGGGGUGGAGAGCUUGGCCCAGGCGUUGGUCAUCCUGGUGAUCGGCGUGGGCAUCAUCAUCUCCAACAUCAUCAUCCUGGCCACCUUCAUCACCAUGCCAGGCCCCAAGGACGUGAUCAUGUACUACCUCAUGUCUCUGGGCGUGUCUGACUUGGUGGCGGGGGUGGUGGUGGUGCCCCUGAGCGUGUACCCCGCCCUGGUGCAGCGUUGGGUCUACGGCGACAUGGUCUGUGGGCUGGCGGGCUACCUCGAGACCACGCUCUGGUUCGCCCAGCUCUACACCUUCAUGUGGAUCAGCGUCGACCGUUACCUGGCCAUCAGAAAACCGCUCAGGUACGAGACGGUGCAGACCAAGACGCGCUGCCAGUGCUGGGUGGUGUUCACGUGGGUCACCUCCAUGAUGCUGUGCUGCCCGCCGCUGCUCGGCUUCAACAACUCGUCGCACUGGGACGGCGAGGCGUACGUGUGCUGGCUGGAUUGGGGCAGCAUGAUUGCCUACGCCAUGACGCUGGUGCCCAUGGUGCUGGGGCCGACCCUCAUCACCCUUUUCUACACCUACGGCUACAUCUUCAAUACCAUGCGCCGCCUCAAGACCUGCGUGGUGGGCCAGGACAAGGAGUUCGUGACGGCGCUCACCUCCAACCUGGCCAACCCCGACCACGCCAUGUCCUUCGUGCUCGUGGUGGCCUUCUGGCUGUCCUGGGGCCCCUGCGUGGGCGUGCGCACUUACGAGUACAUGUCCGGCACCCACAUCGAGGUGCGGUUCCUUCACUUCGCCGUCUUCUGGCUGGGCGCCCUGAACUCGUGCUGGAAGUCGGUGAUCUACGUGGCCAUGAGCCCCAAGUUCCGCCGCGGCCUCAGGCUUUUCUGCCUCUCGCUGUUCUGCCAGAGAAAGGCCCGCAACGCCGAGCUCAUCCUCGAGUACUGAUCCUAAGAGUGUCGGCGUGCGCGGCGCAGUGUAUAACUUCUUCCAUGUAUAGUGCAUAGUGGAGGCGCGGCGCGUGUGGUGUCAAGGAUGUGCGAUGCUCAUGCUCAAGGUCCCCCCGCCCGGACCGCCGCCGAGGACGCGGGGCGGGGACUCGUGGACGUCAUCAAAAUGUUCAGACAGGGACUCACUCACUCGCUCCUUUUUGUACCACCACCAUGUGACAAUCGUGCGGUGUCUGUGCGUGUGUGCGUGUGUCCGUGUAGGCGGGAGGCAGCAGCGGCCGCCCGCGCGUGCCCGUGGUAGGCGCGGGCCGGACACACCCGUAGCCGUGUCGUCUAAUCAUUGUUCGUCUUCAUGGAAUGUUAUAUUGUGAUAGGACUCAACCAUAUCAGUGUUUACACGUUACAAAAAUAUAAAAAUAAUAAUAAUAAUUACUACCUAGCAAAACUUUGGCAUGAAGAUCAAUCAAUCAAUCAAGUCUUGUCUUUUUUAGAGAUGUUGUUGAACGAGUUUUUGAUUUUUAUUUUGUGACACUGACUCUCCUUAAUGCUAAUAAUAAUAAUAAUAAUAAUAAUAAUAAUAAUAAUAAUAAUAAUAAUAAUAAUAAUAAUAAUAAUAAUAAUAAUAAUACUUAAUAAUUAAUACUACCUGUACAUGUGUAAUGAAGUAACGUAGUGUCUCAACUGUGCUAGUCGUGUACCGAGCGUAGAUUACACGAGUUGCUGGCUUCAAGUACAAUUUGUUACUACUAAAAGUGUAUUCCAGGCGUGGGAGGCUUCGCGGGGUGGCGGGAGGGCGGCGGGCGUGACGGGGCGGAGGGAGGGACGGAAAAGGAUGCGCGAGAAAGGGAAAGGAGGGAGGGGAAGGGAAGGGAAGGAACGUGGUAAGAGGGUGGGUGUGACGAGGCGAAGAACUGAAGGAAAGGGAAGGAAAGGAAGGAAAGAACGAGAUAAAAAGAAAGGGAGGGUUGAAAAUGUGUGGGAUAGUGAAGGAGGAAAGGAAAGGCGAAGGAAGAGUAGAAGGGAAUAUGCUGGAAAAGGGAGAGAAAGAAAGGAAUGUAACAGAAGGGAGAGAGGGAGGAAAGAGAAGGAAGAAAGGGAGGGAGAGUGUGACGAGCCGAAAGGGGGAAAGGGAAGGAAAGGAACGGGAUAAGAAGGAAGGAAAGGAAAGGGAAGGAAAGAAAGUGUUAGGAGGGAGGUAAGGGAGGGUAGCAUGAUGGAAGGGAGGAUGGGAGGGCGUAGUGAGCUAAGGGGGGGAGGGGGGAGGGAAGGACGUGAGAAAAAAGGGAGGGAGGAAAAGGAGGAAUCGGAAAACAGGGUAGUAAGUGAGAGGGAAGAAAAAGGGAGGAAAGAAAGGGAGGAGAGAAAAACAAGGUAAAGGAGAUGAAAACGAGAAAAAGAGGGAAGGAAGGAAAAAAAUGAAAGGGAGAGAAUUAAGAUGAGAGAAGGAAGGAGAGGGAGGGAAAAUGAGGGAGGUGGCGGAGAGUGAGAAGGAAGGAAAUGAAGGUGAGAAAGUGAAUGAUAAGAAGGGAGGGAGAGAAGAGGUGAUGGUGAAGGUGGAUGGUGAAGGUGGAUGGUGAGUGAAGAUGAGAUAGUGAAGGAAAAAAGAUGAUGGUGUUGAAAGGUGAGAAAAAUAGUUAUGGAAGAUUAUAAUAAACGAAAGGAAGAGAAGUAAAGAUGUAAAAAAGCAAAACAAGAAAAAAUAAAGCAAAUAAGACUGUAAAUACGUGUUAUAAAGUUAAAAAAAAAAUAUAGGUUGCUGUAUAAGGAAUCUGAAACCAUAAACAAACAUCCAAUUGUCGUAUCAAAGGGGAUCUGAAUCUAUAGACGUCAAUUUUGUAUAGAUGAAAUGAUGACCCGAAUGAAAGAAAAUAUCAGAUGUCAGGGGGGACUCUAAACAAACCACCACCAUGAAAAGAAAAUAUCAGAUGUCAGGGGGGACUCAAAACAUCACCACCAC